AGCCUCGGCGGCCGCCAUUUUCUUUCUUUCUUAGCAGUUGGUUGAGAGGUUCCUGCGAAGAAGCGGUAGCGGCCACUGUAGAGUAGGCAUGGCAGAUUAUUCAACAGUGCCUCCACCCUCCUCUGGCUCAGCUGGUGGUGGAGGCGGCGGCGGUGGUGGUGGAGGAGUUAACGAUGCUUUCAAAGAUGCGCUGCAGAGAGCCCGACAGAUUGCAGCAAAAAUUGGAGGUGAUGCUGGUACAUCACUGAAUUCAAAUGACUAUGGUUAUGGGGGACAGAAAAGACCUUUGGAAGAUGGAGAUCAGCCAGAUGCUAAGAAAGUUGCUCCUCAAAAUGACUCUUUCGGAACACAGUUACCACCGAUGCAUCAGCAGCAAAGCAGGUCUGUAAUGACAGAAGAAUACAAAGUUCCAGAUGGGAUGGUUGGAUUUAUAAUUGGCAGAGGAGGUGAACAGAUCUCACGCAUACAACAGGAAUCUGGAUGCAAAAUACAGAUAGCUCCUGACAGUGGUGGCCUUCCAGAAAGGUCUUGUAUGUUAACUGGAACCCCUGAGUCUGUCCAAUCAGCAAAACGGUUACUGGACCAGAUUGUUGAAAAAGGAAGACCAGCCCCCGGCUUCCAUCAUGGUGAUGGGCCAGGAAAUGCGGUUCAAGAAAUCAUGAUUCCAGCUAGCAAAGCAGGAUUAGUCAUUGGAAAGGGGGGAGAGACUAUUAAACAACUUCAGGAACGGGCUGGAGUUAAAAUGGUUAUGAUCCAAGAUGGACCUCAGAACACUGGUGCUGACAAACCUCUUAGGAUUACAGGGGACCCAUACAAAGUUCAACAAGCCAAGGAAAUGGUGUUAGAAUUAAUUCGUGAUCAAGGUGGUUUCAGAGAAGUUCGAAAUGAGUAUGGGUCAAGAAUAGGAGGAAAUGAAGGAAUAGAUGUCCCCAUUCCAAGAUUUGCUGUUGGCAUCGUAAUAGGAAGAAAUGGAGAGAUGAUUAAAAAAAUACAAAAUGAUGCUGGUGUUCGAAUUCAGUUUAAGCCAGAUGAUGGAACGACACCAGAUAGAAUAGCACAAAUAACAGGACCUCCAGACCGAUGUCAACAUGCUGCAGAAAUUAUUACAGACCUUCUUCGAAGUGUUCAGGCUGGUAAUCCUGGUGGACCUGGACCUGGUGGUCGAGGAAGGGGUAGAGGUCAAGGCAACUGGAACAUGGGACCACCUGGUGGACUACAGGAAUUUAAUUUCAUUGUACCAACUGGGAAAACUGGAUUAAUAAUAGGAAAAGGAGGUGAAACCAUAAAAAGCAUAAGCCAACAGUCUGGUGCAAGAAUAGAACUUCAGAGAAAUCCUCCCCCUAAUGCAGAUCCUAAUAUGAAGUUAUUUACAAUUCGUGGCACUCCACAGCAAAUAGACUAUGCUCGACAACUCAUAGAAGAAAAGAUUGGUGGCCCAGUAAAUCCUUUAGGGCCACCUGUACCCCAUGGGCCCCAUGGUGUCCCAGGCCCCCAUGGGCCUCCUGGGCCCCCUGGGCCUGGAACUCCGAUGGGACCAUAUAACCCUGCACCUUAUAAUCCGGGACCACCUGGCCCUGCUCCUCAUGGUCCUCCAGCCCCUUAUGCUCCCCAGGGGUGGGGAAAUGCGUAUCCACAUUGGCAGCAACAGGCCCCUCCAGAUCCAGCUAAAACAGGAACAGAUCCAAAUUCAGCAGCUUGGGCUGCUUAUUAUGCUCACUAUUAUCAACAACAAGCACAGCCACCGCCUGCAGCUCCUGCUGGUGCACCAACUACAACCCAAACCAAUGGGCAAGGAGAUCAGCAGAAUCCAGCUCCAACUGGACAGGUUGAUUAUACCAAGGCUUGGGAAGAGUACUACAAGAAAAUGGGUCAAGCAGUUCCUGCCCCUACUGGUGCUCCACCAGGUGGUCAGCCAGAUUAUAGUGCAGCCUGGGCUGAGUACUAUAGACAACAAGCAGCCUACUACGCCCAGACAAGUCCCCAGGGAAUGCCACAGCAUCCUCCAGCACCUCAGGGCCAAUAAUAAGAAGUGGACAAUACAGUAUUUGCUUCAUUGUGUGGGGGAAAAAAACCUUUGUUAAAUAUAUGGAUGCAGACGGCUUGAUGAAGAUCUUAAUUUUGUUUUUGGUUUAAAAUAGUGUUUUUUCUUUCUUUCUUUCUUUCUUUUUUCUUUUUUUUUGAAAAUGUACAAAAUAUCUAUCACUACUGAUAGGAGGUUAAUAUUUCUGUGUAGAAAUGAAAAUUGGUUUGUUUUUAGUAUUUAGUGUAGAUGUACACAUUCCAGCAAAUGUAUUUGCAACUAUUAUGUGGUCAAUGCUUUGUGAUAUAAAUGUACUUUUUUCAAUGUAUACUUUCACUUUUAAAAUGCCUGUUUUGUGCUUUACAAUAAAUGAUAUGAAACCUCCUGUGUCGGUAAGUUGGAUAUGUGGGUAUUUAAAGGAUUCAUAAUUUCUUAGCAAUGAUAAAUUAAGAUACAUAUACACAAAUAUAUAAGCUUUCCCCAUGAAAUAUUAAUUUGAGUUUUUAAACACUGGCAUGUCUUUUUCCCCCUUGCAGUAUAGUAGUAGAUUGGAGGAUCUUUUCCAUUUAUUGUAUUUGGCUGUUUCAGCACAAGUAAUCCUGAUAUCUUCAUUUUUUUCCCCUUCUGUUUGAUUAAAAACUGCAUGUGUGUACAGUGAUCUUUUGGCAUACUUCCAUUGCAUUAACAGUGAAAUUUCCUUUUAUACAUGACCACUGUUUGAGACCUGUACUGCUGCUAUAACAGUUAACCUUUCUGUUUUUAAUUUGAUAAUUACUUGAUUUCCAAGACUAUUUCAGCAUAACUAAUUUUAAACAGUUUUCGGACAGUGAAUAUGAGUAGUCUGUAAUAAGAACAGUUUUUUCAUGUAAAGCAGCUCUUGCAAAUGUAUACAA